AUGUUGCGACAGUCAUUCAAAAUUAGGCAUUACCCAUUUGUCAGUAGCAAGCGUGCAAUGCGCGCGGGUAAUGGGCGCGGACAGUGGGCGCCGGCAGUGGGCGCCGGCAGUGGGCGCCGGCAGUGGGCGCCGGCAGUGGGCGCCGGCAGUGGGCGCGGACAGUGGGCGCCGGCAGUGGGCGCCGGCAGUGGGCGCGGACAGUGGACGCCGGCAGUGGGCAAGGGCCGCGUGGGGCUCGAGUGGACAUUGAAC